CAUUUUGUCAGCACCCGGAGGCCGAGCGCAGCCUGCUGCCGGAACCGGGGCUGUCCACCGCCCCGCGCCGCGCCCCCCCCCGCCCUCCACCUCCUACCCGGGAUGUGAGCGGCCCGGCCAGCUGCUCUUCCCCGGCUGUAGCGGUAGCAGGAGCCGCGGCGGCUCACCCGGCUGGGCCCGGCCUCUCCGCGCCCGGCGCAGGCCCUCGGCCCGGCCCCGCCGCCGCCAUGGCGCUGAAGAUGGUGAAGGGCAGCAUCGACCGCAUGUUCGAUAAGAACCUCCAGGACCUGGUGCGCGGGAUCCGCAACCACAAGGAGGACGAGGCAAAGUACAUCUCCCAGUGCAUCGACGAGAUCAAGCAGGAGCUGAAGCAGGAUAACAUUGCAGUGAAAGCAAAUGCCGUCUGCAAGCUCACAUAUUUACAGAUGCUGGGCUACGAUAUCAGCUGGGCUGCUUUCAACAUUAUUGAAGUCAUGAGCGCAUCGAAGUUUACAUUCAAAAGAAUUGGGUACCUAGCUGCCUCUCAGUGCUUUCACGAAGGGACUGAUGUCAUUAUGUUGACUACCAAUCAAAUCCGAAAGGAUCUGAGUAGCCCUAACCAAUAUGAUACAGGAGUUGCACUGACUGGCUUGUCCUGUUUUGUUACUCCAGAUCUUGCCAGGGACUUGGCAAAUGACAUCAUGACCUUGAUGUCUCACACGAAGCCUUAUAUCAGGAAGAAGGCAGUGUUAAUCAUGUACAAAGUGUUUUUGAAAUACCCAGAGUCCCUCCGUCCUGCAUUUCCUCGCCUUAAAGAGAAACUUGAAGACCCAGAUCCUGGUGUGCAGUCUGCUGCAGUAAAUGUUAUUUGUGAGCUGGCUCGACGCAAUCCCAAAAACUACCUUUCCCUUGCUCCACUGUUUUUCAAGUUGAUGACCUCGUCAACCAAUAAUUGGGUUCUCAUUAAAAUUAUCAAACUGUUUGGUGCUCUUACUCCGCUAGAACCCAGACUGGGGAAGAAACUGAUUGAGCCUCUGACCAACCUCAUACACAGCACCUCAGCCAUGUCUCUCUUAUACGAAUGUGUGAACACAGUCAUAGCAGUUCUGAUCUCGCUGUCCUCGGGGAUGCCCAAUCAUAGUGCCAGCAUCCAGCUUUGUGUACAGAAGUUAAGAAUAUUGAUUGAGGACUCUGACCAGAACUUGAAGUACCUGGGAUUGCUAGCUAUGUCCAAAAUCCUGAAAACUCAUCCGAAGUCAGUGCAGUCCCACAAGGACCUCAUCCUCCAGUGUCUGGAUGACAAGGAUGAGUCUAUCCGACUCAGAGCUCUGGACCUCCUGUAUGGCAUGGUAUCAAAGAAGAACUUGAUGGAGAUAGUGAAGAAACUGAUGAUCCACGUGGAUAAAGCAGAAGGGACGACAUAUCGGGAUGAGCUGCUGACUAAAAUCAUAGAUAUCUGUAGUCAGUCCAAUUACCAAUACAUCACCAACUUUGAGUGGUACAUAAGCAUCUUGGUGGAACUGACUCGAUUGGAAGGCACGCGGCAUGGGCAUCUUAUAGCAGCCCAGAUGUUAGAUGUAGCUAUCAGAGUUAAAGCUAUUCGUAAGUUUGCAGUUUCUCAGAUGGCCAUGCUUCUGGACAACGCUCAUCUCAUCGCCAGCAACACCCAGAGAAACGGGAUCUGCGAGGUGCUGUAUGCUGCUGCUUGGAUAUGUGGGGAGUUCUCUGAGCACCUGGAAGAAGCAAAUCAAACAUUAGAAGCAAUGCUGAGGCCCAAAGUUACUACUCUACCAGGCCACAUCCAGGCAGUUUAUGUGCAGAACAUGGUGAAGCUCUAUGCAUCCAUCCUGCAGCAGAAGGAGCAGUCUGGGGAGAAGGAAGCAGCUCAGGAAAUCACGCAGCUGAUGAUUGAACGCUUGCCCCAGUUCGUGCAGAGCGCGGAUCUGGAAGUUCAGGAGAGGGCUUCUUGUAUCUUGCAACUAAUAAAAUAUAUUCAGAAGCUGCAAGUGAAAGAAGUGCCCGUAGCUGAGGAAGUAAUAGCCCUGUUUGCUGGUGAGCUGAACCCCGUGGCUCCUAAGGCACAGAAGAAAGUCCCAGUUCCAGAGGGCUUGGACCUGGAUGCCUGGAUCAACGAACCUCCGUCAGACAGCGAGUCUGAAGAUGAAAAGCCCAAAACAAUUUUUCAUGAUGAGGAGCAAAGGCAUUCCAAGCCCAGACAUCCAGAAAUGGAUGAAGAAGAACUGGCCAGACGUCGAGAAGCCCGGAAACAAGAACAGGCAAACAACCCCUUUUAUAUUAAAAGCUCUCCUUCCCCACAGAAGCGUUACCAAGACACUCCAGGUGUGGAACACAUCCCUGUGGUCCAGAUCGACCUUUCUGUCCCCUUGAAAGUUCCAGGAAUGCCAAUGUCUGACCAGUAUGUGAAACUGGAAGAAGAGCGGAGACACAAACAGAAACUGGAGAAAGACAAGAAGAAGAAAAAACAGAAAAAGGAAAAGAGGGGGAAACAUCACCGCCAUAAUUCACUGCACACAGAGAGCGAGGAGGAUAUUGCUCCAGCCCACCACGUGGAUAUCAUCACAGAGGAGAUGCCCGAGAACGCAUUGCCCAGUGAUGAGGAUGACAAGGAUCCCAAUGAUCCAUACAAGGCACUUGAUAUAGAUCUGGAUAAACCCUUAGCAGACAGUGAGAAGCUGCCAGUGCAGAGACACAGGAAUGCUGAGACCCCGAAGACACCAGACUCAGAAGCUGCACCUGUAGAGAAAAAAAGUAAGAAACCCAAAAAGAAGGAAAAGAAACACAGAGAAAAGGAAAGAGACAAAGGGAAGAAGAAGGAGAAAGAGAAAAAGGUAGUAGAGGAAGAAGAAGAGAAAAAGGAGGAAGACUUGGAUUUCUGGCUCUCGACUGCUCCGCCACCUGUCUCCGCUGCCCAGCCACAGAGCGGGCCUCAAGUGAGUGCUGCUGUUGUGUCUGAGCCUGAAGGGGUAAAAAAGGAAGAAAGGGAAGAGCAGCAGGAAGAAGAGGAGGAGGAUGAAGGGAAGAAAUCCUCCAAGCAUAAGAAGAAAAAGCACAAGAAGGAGAAAGAAGAGAAAUCGAAGGAUAAAAAGAAAUCCAAAAAGAAGCAUCACCACAGUGAGGAGGAGACGGCAGAAUCUGUGCAGAACGGAACACUAGAGGACGAGCCACUACCACCCAUGUCCAGCUACCGCCUUCUUGCUGAAAACCCGUACAUUAAAAUGACCUACGAUAUCCAAGGAAACCUCCAGAGCGAUAGCCAAGUGACCGUCUCUGUUAUCUUCGAGAACAAAAGCACUAGCUUCCUUAAGAGCAUGGAACUCAAUGUCCUGGACUCUCUCAACACUAAGAUGCUCCGACCCGAGGGAUCAUCGGUGCACGAUGGGAUACCGGUGCCCUUCCAGCUGCCCCCUGGAAUCUCUAACGAAGCCCAGUUUGUGUUUACACUGCAGAGUAUUGUUAUGGCUCAGAAGUUAAAAGGAACACUGUCCUUUAUAGUCAAAAAUGAUGAAGGUUCAACCCAUGAAAAACUAGAUUUCAAAUUGCACUUCAGUUGCGCUUCAUACUUGAUCACGACGCCUUGCUAUAGUGAUGCUUUUGCCAAGCUCCUGGAGUCUGGGGAUCUGCACAUGAGUUCUAUUAAAGUAGAUGGAAUUAGCAUUUCUUUCCAGCAUCUACUGGCGAAGAUCUGUUUUCAUCAUCAUUUUUCAGUUGUGGAACGCGUUGAUUCUUGUGCAUCCAUGUACAGUCGUUCUAUCCAAGGCCAUCACGUCUGCCUGCUGGUAAAAAAAGGGAGAGAGCUCGGUAUCCAUAGACGGGAAAUGCAGUGAUCCCACCCUGCUUAGCAACCUGUUGGAUGAGAUGAAAGAGACAUUGUCCAAGUGCUGAACGUUCCUGAACGUACCCCGACUACGAGAAACACCCCGACCGUGUACAGACAAGCAGACCCAAGUGUUAAGGUUUCUCCCUCGUACGCAUGUACUAUCCUGGGGCACGUGCUUUUCAGUUACCUCCACCAUCGUUUGCAGUUUAGGCAUUUUAAGGCUGUAUGUUACCUUUUUAUUUCGAGACUUUUUACGAACCGUGGUGUUAACCCUUCCUAGCCCAAAGAGAUCCUGGUGAUGUGACGGGAGGGGGAGGGGGAGGGGUGCUAUUUAUUCAGCAGCUCACGGUGAUCCUGGGACCGUGUCCAUCUGCGUGGGACGGGGCACUGGGCAGCACUCAGCAGCACGGUGCUGUGCUCAUUGCCAGGAGAGGCCAGGGCGGUGCCCAGCGCUGCUGUGGGUGGUGUCUGUUUCCAGCAGAGGCUGGUCCUGGACCCGACGGCCUCUUCUUUUUUUUUUUCUUUUUUUUUUGAUGAUCUUAAGAUCCGUUGUGAUCAGCACACGAACAGCCCCUGUCUCCUGGAGCUGCUGAGCCCUGUGAGCAGCGGGAUGGGGCCGGGUUCCUGGUGGUUGUAGUUGCCUUGAGCCUUAACCUGGAGGCGGCGGGGGGGGGUGAUGCGGAGCUGGGUGGGGGCUGCCCCCGCGGAUGGAGCCGCUCACCCCCCCCCCCCGCUCUGAUUCUCUGCUGAUGCAUUUUGAGUCCACUUCAAUUUCACAUUCCCGAGCAGUUACGGUGUAGCAAGAAACUGGAAAUCCUGGAAAUCCAAAGGGUCUGUUCCUGCUUUUUUUUUUUAUUCACCGUCUCCCUCCCCGGGGCUGACCAAUACCAGCUGACACAAACAUGUGUGAGCGCGGUUCCUCUGCGCAGCUCUCGCAUCCAGCCCUGCCCCCCCCGUGCUGUGCUGUCCCAGCAGUGGGUGCAGGUGGAGCAGUGCAGCCCUGAGGGCCCUGCCUGGGCUGGGGGCGAGGGGGGGCUCGGUGGGGAAACCCCUUCUGCACUAAACCUGGUGGCAUCACGGCCUGGGCAGGGAUGGUUUCCUGUCCUUUACGGAUGUGCUUAACUGAUGUGACCCGUUCCCCUCCCCCCCCGGCCCCGAAGUUUCCUGCUCCUGGUUCUUUUUCCAGUUCUCCCAGUUGCUGUUCCCUGCACAGCUCCCAGCAGUUUUGCUUUGAUCACGGCUCGAGAACGAUCCCCACUGCUGCUCCCACAGCUCCAGGGAGGAGCUGGGCAACGUCCCAAACCGAAACCCUGCGCAGGGACCAGGACAAAGCAUCAACCUCAUCCCUGGGGCCCACGUCUCGUGCUGCUCCAGCUCCGUGUUCCCGGCGGGGCCGUGCUCAGAGCCGCGCUGUGUCCUGGUGUUGGUCAGCCCCGUGGUAGCGGCUCCUGUGUUAGAGACUGAGCGUUCUCCACUUGUCGUACGGGAUGGUGUUCCUCAAUGAGUGUUUUUUUUAAUCCAUGGAUGGAAGCUGUCACUUUAGCAUGUAGAGUCUCCUCUUACAGAAUCCUGUGCAGUGAUUCUAGAACUUUGAAACUGUAUGACGUGUUACAUUCACAAAUUUAUUUGCUAUCGACAUUCCCUUUAAAAGAGAAAAAAAAAAAAAACCAUACCACAAGCUGCUGUCAUGAUUUUGUGUCGAGAUGAUCCAAUAAACUUUCAAAACAAAGUUAAA